GCGGGACUUCCUGCUUGACGCAGGCCACGGCCAUGCUGCUUGGCGCGCUGAUAGUCAGGGGGAAGCCCCUCCCCCUCCUUCUCCGCUGUUGCUCCUGCCGCGAGCAAGCCUCUCCCGCCUCCGCCUGGGCGCGCGCCAUCUCCCGAAGCAGCAGCGCCGCCGCCAUGAAGCAGGGCCUCAUCCUAGGAGUGUUUACCAACGAGAACGAAGAGGGACCAUCGCAAUUUACUAAUGCAGCUGACACAUUUGACAAACAUGUAUCUGGGAAGCUUAGAGAGUUGUUGGCCAUUUCAGGACCUUCGUUGAAGAAAGGAAAAACCCGUAUCUUUCAUGGCCUGCAUCAGGAUUUUUCGAGCAUAGUAGUUGUUGGCUUGGGUAAAAAGGCAGCUGGAGUGAACCCAUAUGAAAACUGGGAUGAAGACAAGGAAAAUAUAAGGGCAGCCAUUGCAGCUGGAUGCCGGCAGAUCCAGGACCUUGAAGUUCCUUCUGUAGAAGUUGACCCUUGUGGAGAUGCACAGGCUGCAGCUGAAGGAGCCCUACUUGGCCUCUUUGAAUAUGACGAACUUAAACAGAAAAAGAAGCCACCGGUUGACGUUCAGUUACAUGGAAGUGAUGGAACUGAGGCGUGGAAGAAGGGCCUCAUCUAUGCAAAGGGCCAAAACCUGGCCCGCUACCUAAUGGAGGCUCCAGCCAACCAUAUGACGCCUACCAGAUUUGCCACUAUUGUUGAAGAGAAACUCAAAAGCUGCAGCAACAAAGUGACUGUUCAUAUCAGGAACAAAUCCUGGAUAGAGGCGCAAGAGAUGGGAUCUUUCUUGAGUGUCGCAAAAGGCUCAGAUGAACCACCUGUCCUUUUGGAGGUUCAUUAUAAGGGCAGCAGCGAUGCCAAUGAGCCUCCACUGGUAUUUGUCGGGAAAGGGAUUACUUUUGAUAGCGGUGGCAUUUCCAUUAAGCCGUCUUCCAACAUGGAUGCCAUGAGAGCGGAUAUGGGAGGAGCAGCUACCAUCUGUUCAGCCAUCAUAACAGCUGCAGAAUUAAAGCUGCCCCUUAAUAUGAUUGGUUUGACACCCCUUUGUGAAAACAUGCCCAGUGGGAAGGCGAACAAACCUGGAGAUGUUGUGAAGGCCAAGAAUGGGAAAACAAUUCAGGUUGACAACACAGAUGCAGAGGGAAGAUUGGUGUUGGCGGAUGCUCUUUGUUAUGCCCACAGUUUUAAACCAAGGGCCAUUGUAGAUGCUGCAACGUUAACAGGUGCCAUGGAUGUAGCACUAGGUUCUGGAGCUACUGGGGUCUUUACCAAUUCACAUCAGCUGUGGAACCAUCUGUAUGAGGCUAGUAUUCCUACAGGGGACCGUGUUUGGAGGAUGCCUCUCUUUGAGCAUUACACAAAGCAGGUUACAGACUGUCAGCUUGCAGAUCUCAAUAACAUUGGAAAAUACAGGUCCGGUGGUGCGUGUACAGCUGCUGCAUUCCUGAAAGAAUUUGUGACUGUUCCACACUGGGCUCAUUUAGAUAUUGCUGGAGUGAUGGGAAAUAAAGAUGAAGUUCCAUACCUACGUAAAGGCAUGGCAGGACGACCCACACGUACUUUAGUAGAGUUUGCGACUCGACUGAGCCAGGAUAAAACAAGCAUUUAGAAGGCCAUUCUGUGCCUAUGUCAUUUCUAACCUUAAUAUAAGUCAGAGUUAAUUCCAAAAUUACUGAAGCGAUGAGCUGACAAUAAAAUUCCAAGAGGAAAAAGGCACCACAAUAGAAUCAUCUGCAUCUUUAAAAAUAAUACAAUAAUGUACUAUAAAUUCAUUUUGUAAAAGGUUUUUACUGACCAGGGAUAUUUUUACGUUCUGUUUGUGCUCUUUAGAUGAGGAGAAAUCUCACAAUUCUCUUCCUACAUUUAAUGCUGAAGUUACAUGCAUUUAAAUGCUGUAUGUAAACAAUCAGACUUUAUUGCUCAGACUAAAUGGAUGAUAAAUGUCACAAAUAAUAUAAUCUUGAAAAAAAAACCUGAAUUUUUAUGACCACAACUGAUGAUAUUUUACAAAUAUUUUGGUAAAAUACAAACAACUGAACCUAGAAUAUCAUGUCAGCAUAUUUCUCAACCGUAAAUCAAAACUGAUGCCCCAGGGCACUGAUGGAAGAAUUUAUGGGCUGGAAUAAAAUGAAAUUGAAGUGCAA